GCUUUCUGCCUGCCCGCCCGGCCUCCCGCCUUUUCUCUUUCUCUCCGCCCGCGGCGCCAUCAGCACAUUCCUCCUGUGAAGAUGUGUGUGUAUACUGCAUAAGAACUGCUUAAUUUGUGUGGUGCCUGGGUUUCAAAGGGCUUUUGUUGGGAAAACAGACUAUGAAUAACAACUCUUGCUACUAUCCCAGAAGCUAGAGGAUGCUCUCCUCUUUGCGCCACUGCAUUAUGACAUCAUCAACCACAUAUAGGAGCUGCUGCUUGCCUUCUUUUGAAACAUAGCUUCAUCUUCCAGCAUUGUGAAAGCAUUAAGAGAUAGAUCAGGAACUUCUGGUUUGUGGUGUAGUGCUGUACAAUGGCUAAGAGAGUAGCAGAAAAGGAGCUGACUGACAGGAACUGGGAUCAAGAAGAAGAAAGUGAGGAGGUGGGAACAUUCUCAGUGGCCAGUGAAGAGGUUUUGAAGAACAGAGCAAUUAAGAAGGCAAAGCGUAGAAAUGUGGGGUUUGAGUCUGAGAGUGGUGGAGCUUUUAAAGGUUUUAAAGGUUUCGUUUUACCGUCUGGAGGUGGAGGAUUUUCUGGCUUUGGCAAUGGCACCGGAACAAAGCCUUUAGGGGGACUCUCCAAUGGUGGCGGCAGCAUUGCAAAUAGUUCAUCGUUCACCAAUUUAAAGACAGCUGCUGAAACAACAACUACAUUUAGUUCUGUGGUGUCCAGUGGUUCAGUGAAUAAUACUGUAAUUGAGAAGAAGGCUGUAAGUGUGGAAGCAAAUGGUGAGAGCCAGCAGCCAUUGUCCUCUGGAUUCACUGAGAGCAAAGCAUGCAGCCCUGAUGCUUAUCAUAAACAGUUAGCUGCUCUAAAUUGUUCGGUGCGUGACUGGAUAGUAAAACAUGUAAAUGCCAAUCCGCUCUGUGACCUGUCGCCGAUUUUCCGAGACUAUGAGAAAUAUUUAGCUGAGAUAGAGCAACACGGAAUGAGUAGUGACAGCGGCUCUGAAAGUGACAGUAACAAGACAGUUGGAACUCAGCCUGGUUCUGCAUUUGGGAGUCCGAAUCUUCAGCAGAGUUCAACGUUUUUCUUCAGUAGCAACAAAUCUGAGAAUGCAGCAGGAAAGAAAACAGAAAUGGAAAAGAAAACGGAACCAAAACUAGGGUCUACGUCAACUGUCUCCUUUACUUUUAGCAAGAGCGUAGACAACUCUGGUCUGAAUUCUGGUGCAUUACCGAGUUUCUCAUUCUCUCCAGGAAGUGCAAGUUUAUUUGGAAAAGAUACAAGCCAAGCCAAGGUUGUUUCUUCAUUUUCCAGCAAACCUCUAGAUAUUCAGACAGAAAGUGGUGGCAGUGAAGAUAAAGGGGGUGAUGAAGAAGAUGAGGAGCCACCAAAAGCAGUAGUGAAUGAAAUAAAGGAAGAUGAUGCCUUCUACUCAAAGAAGUGCAAAGUUUUUUACAAGAAAGAUAAUGAAUUUAAAGAAAAAGGUAUAGGAACGCUACACUUAAAACAUGCAGGAAAUCAGAAGAUUCAGCUAUUAGUACGCGCAGAUACCAACUUAGGCAACAUACUGCUGAACAUUUUGGUUCCUCCUAAGAUGCCAUGCUCCAGAACAGGGAAGAACAACGUGCUCAUCGUCUGUGUUCCAAAUCCACCCAUUGAUGAGAAGAAUGCUGCCGUCCCUGUUCCUAUAUUGAUAAGGGUCAAAACAAGUCAGGAUGCAGAUGAGUUGCACAAAAUUUUACUGGAGAAGAAGGAGGUCUAAAAAUCUGGGCUGUUGAAAGUUACAGAGGAAACUUGCCAAACUGCUGCUGCUCAUUUCCCCUCUCUUGACUCUGCUAGUAACUUUUUAAACCACUUCUGACAUUCUAAGGACUAUUUAGGAACUCGGAAGAGCUUUGGUGAGGGAAAGAAACUAAGAUGGCCAAUAAAAGCUUUUAACUUG